UGUAGCAGCAGCCAUGGCACACGAAGGAACAUCUCUGGAGAAAGGCUCUUGCAAAAUCUUUGAAGAAUUCCAUGUAGACUCACAAGUGGGCUUUGCUCUGCCAAAUCCACUGGAAGAGCUACCUUGCCCUUAUAGUAAAUGGAUUGACAUUGCCAAAAAUCUGCCAACACUGAUUGAUACUGACCAACUACGGGGAAAAGUUGAGGAGUUACCGGAACUCGACAUUGAAGGGCUCCCAGGGCACAGGUGCCAGCGCCUUGCACAUCUGGCACUGAGCUACAUCACCAUGGCGUAUGUGUGGAACAAAGGUGACGAAGACGUCCGAAAGGGAAUGCCUCCUAUUCUGAUUUAUGCUGAUUGUGUCUUGGCAAACUGGAAGAAAAAGGAUCCCAAUGGACCCAUGACUUACGAGAAUAUGGACAUUUUGUUCUCGUUUCCUGGUGGGGAUUGCAGUAAAGGAUUCUUCUUGGUUUCCCUUUUGGUGGAAUUAGCAGCUGUUCCUGCAAUCAAAGUAAUUCCCACUAUAUACCUAGCAAUGGAACAAGAGGACAAUACAACUUUACAAAAGGCUCUGUGUGAAAUAAAGACUUCUCUGGACAAAGCCCUCGAAGUGUUCAGGCAAAUUCAUGACUAUGUGGACUCAAAUCUAUUUUACAAUGUUCUUCGCAUAUACUUGUCUGGUUGGUCAAACAAUCCUAAACUGCCAGAUGGUCUGCUGUAUGAAGGCGUCUAUGAUACCCCGAAGGAAUAUGCAGGGGGCAGUGCAGCCCAAAGCAGCCUCUUUCAGUGCUUUGAUGUUCUUCUGGGCAUUCAGCAUAAAGAAGGUGAAUCUUCCGCAUUCCUCCAGAAUAUGAGAACAUACAUGCCACCAGCUCACCGGAACUUUCUUCACUCAUUAGAGUCAAAGCCCUCACUUCGUAGUUUUAUCAAAUCAAAAAACAAUGCCACCCUCAAGGAGUCUUAUAAUAAGUGUGUGGCUGCCAUGGUUAACUUGAGAAAUUACCACUUGUCUAUCGUAGUUAAGUACAUUAUAACCCCAUCACGCCAGAAGUCCAAGCAAAACCAAACAUCUGAAACAUCAGAAGAAGAGGAAAAUAAGGGAACUGGAGGGACCAAUCUGAUGGAUUUCCUAAAGACCGUUAAAAAAAGAACCGAGGAUUUCCUUUUGUAGAGAUAUUAACGCAAAUUAAGAAAGAUCACAGUAAGAUAUGCAGAGUUCCCUUUAUCCAUAACUAUGAUAAAACUGUCUUUCCAUGCGACACCUACUCCGCAUGCUACCCCUCAAGCAUCUGCACAUUUCUACAGCAAUCUUAAGCUUCUCAAAUUGCCCAUUCAGUUGUGUAGAAAACAGUAAUUUUAAGCUUUUUAAAUUGCCCGCUCAACUGUGUUUUCUAGAUACAAAAUAAAUUUACAUUCCCAGGCAUACUUGAGUUUUUUGUAGAUUUUUGGAUAUUAGCUCCUUUUCAAAUGUGUGAUGUAAAAAUAUCUUUUCCCAUCUGUUGGGGGCUCUUUUUCACUUUAAUCAUAGUUUCUUUUGCUGACCAGAAGAUUUAGGCUCUUUUGUAGUCACAUUUAAAUAUCUGUUUCCCUUGCUUCACUCACUGAUGGAGUCAAGUCCCCAAAGAUAUCCUUGAAACCAGUGUAAGAGUGUCUUCCUAAUAUUUCCCUUUAUGUUUUAAUGAUUGAAGCUAUUACUAUUUCCUUCUAUGUAUAAAUGAUUUAAGCUAUUACUUUGACCCAUUUUGAGUUCAUUUUUGUGUCAGAUGUGAGAGAAUGCUUAAGUUUUACUUGUUUGUCUGUGGCAAAGAGACUUUCUUUCUCCAUUG